CCUCCUGACUGAUAAAUGAAGGAGAGGACUGUUAAAAGUAGGCUGCCACUAGUUCCCCAGCUUUUGCCCUGGCAUGUUUGGAUAAAGAUCAGAGUGAUGGCCAGACCCCGAUUGUUGCUGCUGCUGCUGCUGCUGCUGCUGCUCCUUGUAGUGCCGGUGACUGUGGCAAUUAGUGUGACCUCUUGUAAUCCAGGCGAGUGCUUGUCUGAUGAUCUCUGCUGCCAGUGCUGCCCAGCUGGCCACUUUGUCACAAAACUCUGCCAGGAAAACCAUGGAAUUGUGAAAUGUGCACCAUGUGAACCUGGAACCUUUAUGGCCUACCCCAACCUCGAGAAUAUCUGCUUUCUCUGUUCCCAGUGCCAGAAGGACCAAGAAGAGGUUUCAAACUGUUCCUCGACUACUAAUCGGCAGUGCCAGUGCAAGGAAGGCUACUACUGUGACUCAGAAAACUGUGUGGAGCACUGCUUCCGGUGCAGCAGUUGUUCAGAAAGUGGAGGUGUUCUGGAGCCAUGCAAUCCCAAGGCAAACACCAUAUGUGCCAAGAUGAAUCAAGAGUCAGCAAUACCAAAUUGUUCCUGGAUUAUACCUACUGUCAUCGUGAUAAGCAUCAUCCUCAUCUUCAUCAUCAUCAUCAUCAUCAUCUUCUUCUUCUUCUUCAAAAACAACAUUAGAAAGCAUUGCUGCUUUAGGACAGCACCAACUCAUAAACCUGAGCUGGAAGCCUCCUGUGACCAGCUGCUUGACCACCCAGAUCUCAAGUCAGUCAACUGUGAUGACAGCAACCACCAUUCGGGAAGCAGGGGACCUGUGGAAGAGGAGGCCCUGUGACUCUCCUGAAUGUUCACCCAGAAAUUGUUAUCAUCAAAUUGGACAUGAGAUUCUCCAAAGUACAUGGAAGAUGUCUGUAUGGCUUAUUGAACUUGAAGAAAGCAAACCUUGGAUAUAUGAGCACAAAAUUUCAGGAAAUGUAAAGAGAACAUCACCAUGAGACACUCCUUGAGUGGAGGCAAAGCUCCGAAGGAACACUUCUAUUUCUAAACUCAUGGUUUGUUGGGCGCAGGUGCUCAACAUACCAUACCACACCCGGGACAAAGGACCACGCCAGCUUCCGCAAUGCGCUGCGUCCCUCUCCAAAUUAGCCACCCCAUACUCACUUCGUAUUCACCACAGCUGAGUAUAUUAGCCAGAGCCUGCAUCUCAUUCCAGCCCUUCCUCCUUGUGGCAGCCUGAUUGGCUACAGUCAGAUAUAUAAGCCAGAACCCGAAACAAUAAAGUUGGCAGUUCCUGUUACCCA